AUGACAAGCAUGAUCUGUUGGCCAAUUGCACGCCGAGGCAUUACAACAUCUCGAGUGGCUAACUAUAAUGUAGCUAUUGUCGGAGCAGGGCCAGCUGGAUUCUACACUGCCCAUCAUUUACUCCACAAGUCAAAGCAUAUGCCCAUCACUGUUGAUUUUUUUGAUAGACUUCCCACGCCUUAUGGUCUCAGCAGAUAUGGCGUUGCGCCGGAUCACCCAGAGGUCAAAAAUUGUGAGGAGUAUAUGAAUAAACUUUGGACGGAUUUUUCUGAUAAGGUGAGAUUCUUUGGCAAUGUUAAUAUCGGAAAAGACAUCCUGUUGGCCCAACUAGAGGCCCGGUAUAACUCUAUUGUUCUCUCCUAUGGAUGUACGGCAUUUGAUAUCAAAUUAGACAUACCAGGGUCGAGCAGUCCUGGCGUUAUUUCUGCUAGGGAAUUUGUCAAUUGGUACAAUGGACACCCCGACUCAAAGCAGGGGUCUCAUUUCAUUCCGCCACUUGAAAAAGUCCGUAAUGUCACCAUCAUAGGGAACGGAAACGUUGCCAUAGACAUUGCAAGGGUUUUAUUGGCUGAUCCAAAAAGUCACUGGGCACCGACAGAUAUAACUUCAGAGGCAGUGGAGCUUCUUUCGAGAAGUAAAGUGGAAAGAGUCAACAUUGUAGCCCGUAGGGGCAUCUUGGAAUCAGCGUUCACAAACAAAGAGAUCAGAGAGCUUCUAGAGAUAUCCAAAGAACUGAACAUAAAGUUCUUGCCUAUACCGGAGAAUGUUUUGGCGCCAAUACGCCAGAAGGCCAAACUGCUCGCUAGAGUGGAAAAGAGAAAAUUCUCUAUACUCGAUAAGGCUUCAUCCCAAGCCACUACCCCGGGUGAAUCAUCAAAGGAAUGGUGUUUAGAAUUUCAGUUGAGCCCGAAGCAGUUCGUCCCGAGUGACGAAGACGCGCAACUCCUUAAAAGUACGGUUUUCGAAGUAAACGAGCUUCAAGAAGAUUCCUUAACAAAAAAAGUCACAAAUAAAGGCACUGGGAAAGAGAUAAGAAUAGAAAAUGAUUUGGUUAUCUUGUCCAUAGGCUACAAGGGCGAAGAGCUCGAAGGAUUCACAGCAUCCGAAUUAGAGUUCACGCAAAAAGACAAUCGCAUUGCAAAUAAUGAGGGUCGAAUUCUAAGAUCAGGUGCUGCUGCAGCAGGAAAGGAAGAGGAAUUCACAUACAAAAGAGGCUGGUAUGUAUCCGGGUGGAUAAAAAAUGGACCUAAGGGUGUAAUCGCUACUACCAUGAUGGAUUCCUUCGAUACAGCUGAAAAGAUUUUGGAGGACCUCUCUAAUGAAAUCUACAAUGUGCCAAAUGAAAGCAGUGAUAUCGAAAAAAUUCUCCCUUCUCCUUAUGUGAGCUGGAAUGGCUGGAAAACUAUUGACUUAUUCGAAUUGAGGCAGGGAAGGUUGCUUGGAAAAAGUAGAAGCAAACUUCGAACUAUCAAUGAAAUGGUCCAAGCAUCUCGAGAUGAAACCUAA